AAUACAUACAUUUCUAUAGUUUUAUGCAGGACGUCGAAUAGUGCCUUAUCCAGAAGAAUGAAUUCGAUCGGGUGGUUACGUACUUUUGAAAUAAACAAUCAGAUGUGCUUUUACAGUCAUGUGGACUGUUGCUGUGUGUUUUAACAAAUCUCGUUUGCACGUACGCAGCCAGCCCUGCACAUGCGAGAGGUAACCGAGAGUUAUCAGUAGGAAGACAGACAGCAGUGUUGCAACAAAUGCACCCAUUUACUUAUUGUCAAGUAAAUGCUUUCCCUUUAAUUCAGUGGCGGUCUCAGUAGUGCGUGUGUUGGUUGUGUAUCUGCAUUGUAAUGGAUCAUGUUACUGUUGUGCAACAUUUGGUGGUGUUGCAACAACUGUGUCUUAUAAACUUGUGUUCGCCUCCCCCAAAGCCAUCGCAGCGUUUAUUGCAACCCUGCCUAAGUGCAUGCAUCGUUUUCUCAAUUAUCCACUUGCAUUAGGGACAAAAUUAAGAAUAGUUAUGUACUUUCAGUACUGAUUGGCCCCAUUGUGUUUAAAUUUUAUUGCGAUUAUUAACGUAUUUGUGAUUUACAUGCACCUUGUCUGGAGGAACAUGCAUUAACAUAUUGUUGCGAUUAUAACAGAGUACCAUCACCCUUUAAAUCAUCCGAGGUGUCAGAUUGUUUAUUGAUAGGCAGAAACUGGUACACUCAAUACAUGCCAUACCCAGAGAAUAGCUGGCCGCAUGUCUGUUGGCUUUGCACUUUAUUUUAAGGCACAGCAGAAAGUCCACAAACACUGACACGAUGAGGCCUAUGGGUGUCUCCUUACUCACGGCACAUGCUCAGUCAUGCCCGUGGCUCCUGAACCUUUGCACGCAUGCAGAAAUGAUCCUAUGGGCAAGAUAGGUGAAAGACUGGUGCGUAGUCUAAAAAAAUGUUAUAAAGUAAUCACCGUAGUCUGUGUAUUACAGUUACGAGCUGAUACUGUCUGCUACUCUUAUCUUAGACGGGUUACAAUGUAUGCCUUCUGUAAAGGUUUCAAAGGUUUUCUUUUUAAUGAAGGCUGAUUGGUUUCUAUUUCUGACGAGUCCAGGGAGUGAAAGUGUUCCAGUUCAAAAUGUAGAGGAUUUUCAUCUUUUAUACAAAAUCAGUACAUAUUACACAAUAUCAAUCCAAUAUUUUAUCAGAACAAAAUGUAACUUUUGUUAUAACAAAAGGUGUACUAUUGCUAUGCAAUCUGUAGCUAAUUUCUCUUUUUCACGUUUAAGAUGCUUCUGCGUGACUUUGAAUUGUUUUUUUCUGUGCUUAUUGGCCGCAAAUAUCAGGAUUUUGUUAUUCGUUGACUUUAUUCAGGUGUGGAUGGGGUAAUGUUUGGUGCAUGCUUGCUUACAGGACGUUUCCCAGUGACGGAAUUUCCCGCAUGACCCAUGCAUUUGCUGUAAUUUACAGCGUCCGCAUGGAAGGGGAAAGGCCUUAUAUGGUCGCGGAAGUGGGUGUGGCCAUUCCAGGACAGUAGGAGAUCACAAGACUGAAAGAGAAAUGUUGUUCCAUAACGUUAAACUAGAGUGGGUUGUAGGCGUUAUAAUUCGCAUGUGUUUGCAAUAGUAGCGAAAUCGCGUGUAAUUUAAAAAUAUCUGUCCCGCCAUUUUCUCAAAGAAGUCCUCCAUUUCUCUGUGGUUUGUGCGCGGAUCUACCUCUUGACUUGAAUAUUACUCGAGUGAGGUCAGCAUAGUAUGACUCAAUCGUGGAUAAGCAUGCAGUCAUUUUUGGACUGUUGCAUUGGCCAUUCGGCUCAUGGAUCGUUCAGUUGUUCUUAGGACGAUCUCACGAGCACGGUUGCCUGCCAUGAAUGAGGAGCAAGCUAACCUAAAGACCUCUCAACUCGGUUUGAUAUCCCAGGAGCUGAAGAACUGGCAUUGUAGAUAAAACAAAUAGACAUGUUAGAGCCACACUGUACUGAACCUGUUAUUACUGCGCAACAGAUGCUGCAGUUUGAUAUCUUAAAGCUUACUCAUAUUGUUACAAUGUUGAGUAGAUUUGGAUGACCAUUAACCUGCAUAAAACGUAACUGCAAAGUCAGAGCGAUACUCUUAAGACUUUUUGUUAUUUUGGAGAGAACUUUGUGUGGUUUGGGGAUUUGAACUUUUGUCUCCUGAACCACCCACUCCAACCAUCAUCGGUACCUUUAUGAAAGUCAUGAGCCUGCAGCCUCAACCGAAGCCAAACGCAAAGAGAACAGGAAAACGUAUUACUUUCUUUAAAGACCAGGGUGUGGCAAUGAAAGAGGCAUCUCAGCACACACAGGCCUCGGCAUACUAUGGGAUUGGGGUCCCUCCCUCAGGGCCAGGUCACAAUGACAGAGUGGGUGUGGAAAGCUCCAGUGCAGAAGCGCCCCAUAUGUACUUAAAUUCUGUAAUUUUUAGCCCAGAGAAGGGCGAUCAAAGCCGUGGGCACUACCAACAGACAAUGCCCAUGAAAUGGCCACACCAAGACCCAUCCUUGCAACCUCAACAGAGACCAAACACUUGGUCACAAGGUAUGACACCUUGGCCCCAGAACUUUGCCCCAUACUUAGGGGUUCAGACUGCUUUUGCAAAACAAAUUCAUGAGGGCAUGCCUGUACAACAACAACAAUCUGAACCCUCGGCUAUUAGAGCCACCGAUAAACUAGGGGCUGGUGCAGAGAGCUUCAAAACUGGACGGAGCAUGGACUGGGAGCAACAGCAAACCUUUCAACAGACACAAAAGUCUGUAAUGUUAAAUCCACAACAGCACAACCAAUCCGCCGCUGGGAAUUCUGUGUUGCAACCUUUUCAGAUAGCUUUCGGACAGCCCAAGCAGAACUUGGUAGCCGGUCGCUAUAAGGUAGUUCAGGGCAAUCGGACCUUGCCGAAUCUGAAUUACAGUACGCAGGCAAAUUCCCAACCCCAGGAGCAACAGCAGCUGAUGCAGAGACAGAUGAUGCUCCCCCCGCAGCGGCAACAAAUGCAGCAGAUGCUGGAAGAGCAGAUACGGCAACAGUCACAGCAGCAGCAACAAGCUUUUCAGCGUCAGAAAGCACCACAACAUAUACCACAAAUGCAACAUCGAGCACAACCACAACAACAGCAACAACACAUGAUUCAACUGGACUUGGUACAACAGCAACAAAAAUCAGAACAGGCCUAUCAGAACCAGCACGUAGUGGAAAAUUACUGUAAUAGCCAGCAAGCCCCCUCAGUCGAUCAGAAUCACCCUUUACUAACAGGACAGUCCCAGGAGAUGCCUGAUCCUCCGUCGACCCAGGCCCCUGAGCUGAUCCCCCAGCCUCCUUCAACCGUUCUCCAGCAGUCCAUUGAGACUCAUCAGCCUGGGCCCAGAAGAUCACGCCGGCUUUCUAAAGAAGGUGGAGCCCCGGUCUCGGAUAACCCAUUUGUCAUGCCAACUGAUCAUCAUACCCAAGGCUCACAAAACGGGGCUUCUGAGACCAGUGCAGUGCAAGACAUCAGGGCUGCUCCGACAGGUGUAAUUCAGAGCACACGGCGUAAGAGGAGGGUCUCACAAGAGGCUAAUCUGGAAACCUUGGCUCUGAAGGCUUCGGAAAGGGAAUCUCUUCCCGCACGUAACGUCAAGCAGGAGCCCCACAGACCCUGGAGUCCCCCGGUGGCCCCGUCUGGUCCAGGUCGAGGGACGACUGAGAUGGAUCAAGGAAGUGCCAAGAGGCCCAAAGAUGACAGCCUCAUGCCAUUGGUCAUUCCUGUCUCUGUGCCAGUGAGGCAGACCUCAUCUCCGGACCACGAGCCGGCCUCUCUCUCAGCCAGCUGGCCACCGCGGCCUUUGGGCUCUCACGACAUGAUCUCCGAUUACAAGACGUCUGUGAUUGUUACGCGACGGCGCUCACUGCGUAACUCUUUGUCUGAAAGCUCCGGCCAGAAUGGUGGAACAGAGAGCGGAAAUGAUGCCGAUGGCAAAUCAGCCAAAACCAAGCGACGACCUCGUCCAGAACCGCUCUUCAUUCCUCCACCUAAACUCGGCACUUUCAUCGCCCCACCGGUUUAUUCCAGCAUCACGCCAUACCAGAGCCAUCUACGUUCACCUGUCCGCAUGGUCGACAACCCUCUCAACAUGCCUCCUUAUACUCCGCCGCCCAUCCUCAGCCCUGUUCGAGAGGGCUCAGGUCUUUACUUCUCCACCUUCCUUUCAGCUGCUGCCGCCAAUGCAGCAGCGAAUAGUCAGGGGCUGCCUCCCCCUGCCACGCCCAAAUCUGCCACCCGCAGCCUCCUGCGCUCCAAUAGCAGUGAUAUAACACCUCCGGUGCUCUCUGCUAUGAGUGAAGCUACACCUGUCAGCAUUGAGCCCCGUAUAAACAUUGGAUCGCGGUACCAGGCGGAGGUUCCAGACCUCAGGGACUGUUCGGCAGUGCAGCACGACCUACACAAAGCUGAACUGUUGUGGGCGCCACUGACUGACCUGGAGGCCGGCACUCAGCAACAGCAGAGAGUGGACGGGCUCAUGCACCUGGCAUGCUCAAGUGCGUUGUGUGGAGGUGGGACCAAUCAGGAACUGGCCAUGCAUUGCCUAUAUGAAUGCAAAGGUGACAUCAUGGGGGCUCUCACCUGUCUGCUGUUAAAAAUCCCCAUCUUUCCCAAAUCACACCCUCUAGUCGACUACCACUACUCUGGCUCCGACAGCUGGACGGCCGAAGAAAGACGAUUAUUCAACAGAGGCAUUGCUGCCUAUAAAAAGGACUUCUUCAUGGUUCAGAAAGUGGUGAGCUCCAAGACAGUGGCUCAGUGUGUGGAGUUUUACUACACGUAUAAGAAGCAGGUGAAGAUCAGCAGGAACGGAACGCUCGUAUAUGGAGAAGCAGAGCCAGCGGAGACUAAACCUACAGCAGAGGAGGAAGUGGACAAUAAAAGUUCACAGAAAUUUGAAUCACGGAAAGAAGAGGAGGAUAGCAGGAAGUGGGAAGGGUCAUGUGACGGAAGACAAGAAAACAGCCCGGGCAGGUUGACACAAUCUUUACAGGCCACUGAAAAUGCUGCAGCCGUUCUGGUCUUAAGAAAUCAGGCAGACAGCACGAGUGAUCCAUCCACGAUGGUCAGGCACGGGCCAGCACCACCAUCUAAACCUCGUCCCGACACCACCGGCCGGAAGAGUGGGUCCGGCAACACGGGAAAGGGAACUAACCCGGAGGGUGAAUUUCCCUGCAAGAAGUGCGGCAGGAUCUUCUUCAAAGUGAAGAGCCGCAGCGCUCACAUGAAGAGUCACGCUGAAGCCGAAAAGAAGCAGGCUGCACUCCUGCAGCGGGAGGCCGAACAGCGGGAGGCUCAACAGCAGGCGGCAGCCGCGUUACUGGCCGCCCAGCAGAAAAGAGUGGUGGGGAAUCAGGACAGAACGAGAAGAGCGAGCAGCGAUGAUUCCUCAGAGGAAGAGGAGGAUGCAGAUGAUGAAGACUGGCACUAGCUAAUGCUCUUCCUUAUACAGACUGACUUUUAUUUAUUUUUAUUUUACCAGCCAACAAGACCCAUCCCAAAACAGUUUCAGGGACUGGCUCACUCCCUUUGCGUGUGUGUGUGUGUGUGUGUGUGUGUGUGUGUGUGUGUGUGUGUGCGUGCGUGCGUGUGUGUGUGCGUGCAUGCAUGCGUGCUUUACAUGAGCGUAUGAGAGAUUGCAAGAGACAGAGAAGAUGCUUCAGCAGCAUUCAGGGGUUCAGAAAUAGGGCUAUUGGGAGUGUAAGCCAUGCCAUCUCAGUGUGACUGUGUGAGCGUGAAUGUGUGCGUGUGUCUUUAUAAAUGCACUUUUGGACUCAUCCAACACACACUGACUGGACCACAGCACAUGUCUCCGGUAUCUGUGCAUAGAAUUCACUUAUUGUUCUUCUGUGAAAAGAUCCAGUAUGGAUUCUUUGCUGUGGAUGUGAAAGGACACAAAACAGAAGCGAGUGGAGACACUGUGUCUGUGUGGAAUUACUUUCGGGCGAGUUUAGGCUUUUCUUUAUGUUUCUACAUGAGAAUGAUGGUAUAUCUCUCUUCCACGUGACUGCCAAAUGCUUGCACAACUGUGUACGCCGGGUCCCUCUAAUCUCUAGUGCUGUAAUUUUGGGCUUUCUGUUCUGAAUAUUUUAAAGGAAUAGUUCACCUAAAAAUAUAGUUUUAUUUAAUCUCCCUCAUGCUAUUAUUGCAGUCUUUUCUUUUGUGGCACAUAAAAUGAGAUUAAGCUACAUUUCCUGGAUGCUUUUUUUUAUACAGUGAAAGUGGUAACACAAUAACAAGGUUGUGUUUUAUUAACAAGUAGUUAAUGCAUUAGCUAACAUGACCUAACAAUUAAGAAUACUUCUACAGCAUUUAUUAAUCUCAAUUCAUGUUAAUUUCAGCAUUUACUAAUACAUUAUUAAAAUCAAAUGUAACUCUUAACAUUAGUUAAUGUACAAUGAACUAACAUGAACAAUUGUAUUGACAUUAAAGGGAUAGUUCACCCAAACAUUAUAAUUCUGUUACCAUUUACUCACCCUCAAGUUGUUGUCAAACCCGUAUGUCUUUCUUCAGCAAAACACAGAAAAUAUUAUGAAAAAUGUUGCUAACCAAAAACUGAGGGUGCUUAUUUACUUCUAUGUAGCAUCCGUUUUCUGUUAUCAACAUUCUUUAAAACAUCUCCUUUUGUGUUCCGCAAAAGAAAGACAGACGGGUUAAAAAUGACAAAAGGUUAAGUAAAUAAAAUCAGAAUUUUCAUUUUUCACUUUGAUUAAUAAAUAUGCAGAAUAACUAUAUUGCUAAUUGUUUGUUCAUGGUAACUAAUGCAUUUACCAAUGUUAACAAAUAACAACCUUAUUGUAAAUUGUAACCAUAAAAGUUAAUAGUUAGUGGGACUUUGAUGCUGUACAUGAAGCCAUGAAAAUGCAAGAAUUAAUACAGUUUGGAAUCAAGUUUUAAUACGUGCAUUUACAUAUCGAAAGUUGGCCAGCAUUUUCAUCUGUUCUUUAAACCCAACUAUGAUAUGGCUUCAAAAUUGUAUAUCUCAUGCAAGUCGUAUGAACUAGUAAUUAAGCAUAUCCUUGUCCUCUCUUGAGCUUGUGCUCAUUGUACAUUUCUUUGUGGAAAAGGGCAGUUCUGACAUUUGGCUGUUAAACUAUAUUCUCUUGCAUAUUUGGAACAACACGAGGGUUAGUUUUUAUUUUGGGCUGAGCUAUUCCUUUAAUUUGAAACGGUCACCUCGCUGAUGCCUUCAAUGUUUUCGACACUUUCUAUCUUUGACAAUCACUUUUACAAUAUUUCCUUUUUAUACUCCACAGACUAUAAUGGUUGUCCCUGAUAUAAUCAUUUAUUGUUAUUAUAAUUGUUACUAUUCGCUUUGUACUGUUUUAUUAUGUUUAUUUGGAGGGGGUGGGGGUUCUUUUUCUCAUUUGACUUGAAGUGUUGGACAUUUGCUACCUGUGAUCGCUGAGAGCAUGAUUAUAUGAACCUGACUGAUGCAAGUGCAAGUGCAAUAGCAAUAGAGGGACUUUGAGUUCCUCAGCACUCCACUUCUUUAUUUUACUCUCAGCAUCUUUGAACAAAAGUAUUAUGACAUAAUCAACUUAUUUUUUUUAGAACAAAUCCUUCCGUAACUAUUUAUUGGCACAGAGAUCUGUCGGCUGCUGAGUUGAACUGCAGUUGCACGCGUCUUGGAUUUCUGUCUACGCUGGCCAAACACUUCUUGGCUUUGUCUCCAUGGCAACAAAGAGUCUUCUCUUAAAGGAUAGACACACAGGGAGUUCACAGCUAAGAGUAACAGCUCCAAUUAUUCCAGAUCAAGCUGAAGUGUUCUAUGCAGUGUGCGUUUGUUUGCAAGCGUGUCUAUUUAUUUGCACGGGUGGGCAUGCGUGGUUGUGUGUUGGUGAUGCAACGACAUUCAAAAUUGUUUCAAGCUUGAAGCCAAGUGAGAAAAAGAAGCUUCCUUGACUAUUUAAUGUCUUUUUGUUAUGUUGAAAAAUCUAUAUAUUAUUAUAUAUACUUGUUCAUAUGUGUGUAAAGACCGAUCUGCUCUUAUAUGAAGACAGGGCAUUUGUCAAAAUAAUUUAGCCAAGCUUUGUAUUAUUGAUGAUGUUCGGAUAUGAAUAUUCAAAUAUUUUAAUGAAUUUAGCGUAUGUUGUAAGGGUUGCAACGUCUUUCAUUCAGCCAAGGGAAAUUCUUAUGUAGACUGUAAAGUAUGGAAAAAGCUUAAACUGUAUGCACACUUUCUAUGCUAUUUUCACAGGGGCUUGUACACUAAUGAUGGAUGUGCAAAGAAAUCUGAAGUGCUUUUUACUACAGUCUAACUUAUUGUGUUUCAAUUGUGUUUUUCUCACGUGUUUUAGAAUAAUAAAUAUGACAAAACACAAUAAAACAUAGCAAUGUUUGUAACUGUAUUUGUGGACUUUAUGCGUCUGUUGACCACAUAUGGGUUGGGGGAAGGAAAGAAACCGAAAAAAUAAAUUUAAGGUGAAUAUUUACGUGUUA